AUGGCAUUAAUGAAAUCUAAAGACGUCCCCGAGGAUGCUGUAUCUUUAGAUGAAAUGGAAGCAACUGAAUACGUCUGGAAUUUAGUUUCCGAUUGGGAGUCGUUCUCGGAUACUUGGGCCCUAAAGUAUGCUCCGUUGGUUCUGGGUGGAAUCAAUGCUACCUGCGGUGUGUUAAUAAACAGGUACUACAGAAACAAACUAAAAUUGGGACCAUAUGGAUACUUUGCAUCUAUUAUACCUAUCACUGCUAUGCCUGCCACUUUAACAGCGCUUUUUCACAGACAAUUUAUUUCAACAGACUUGCUUCUGAUGAAGAGUCAGGCAUGUCCAUUGUGUUACGAGUUCAGAUCAGCUGCAAUACAGUGCGGACUUGGGACUGCAUAUCCUAUGAUACUCGCACCAUUGUCAGCAUUGAUGUUUGCAAACAGAUAUUCAACCUUCAGAGUGCCUGACCUCAAAGAGGGUCCGAAAGUAAUGUACAAUUUUCUGAGAAAAAUAACAAGACCUUUCAAUCACCAAUUAACAUACAUGGUAAUAAUACAAGCUAUGGCCUCAUCUAUUUUCACUUACUAUGAAAUGACCAACAACUUAACUAUAAGAUCAAAGAUUAUGGAGAUUGAAGCAAAACUCGAGAAGAAAGCAAGUGAACGUUAA